UAGUGGUCUGCCAUGUUGGUUUUGCCAAUGGCGGCGACUGGGCCCCACUCAUCUCCGACCCGCCGGGAGACCAACCGUCCGACCAUUGCCUCCGAAUUCUUUUCGAUUUAAAUUUUCUAAAAAGAAAAAACUGAAAACGAAAUCAACCUCUCAUUUGAAUCCAUCUUCAACGCUUCUCUCUCGAUUUGAUCAGCCUCUCCGCCAUAGCCGCAGAGCUUUCAUAAUGUCAAAGUCACCGGCUAUUCGCCGGAAGCAGCCGCCGGAUAUUUCCUCCUCCAAGGGGAAGAACUUAGCCGUCAGUCAUAGCCCCUCCGGCACCGGCAGGGGUUACCCACGAACUCCGCCGAGUCCUGCGGCGGCGGCGGCGGCGAUUAAACCACACGAGCCUAGCAUCGACCCAGACAAGCUAAGCUACGAGAUCUUCUCGAUUCUCGAGAACAAGUUUUUGUUCGGGUACGAAGAUCCGAGGCAAUGGAUUCCUCGUAGCCCUCGACCCAUUUCCGAGUCAGAGCCCGGUCCGUCUCCGAGAUCCCCGUUGACCCCUACCGCCGUCGCCGCCGUUUCCGCGUCGUCAUCGUCGUCGCUGUCGUUUAAGAGCUCGAGAGGGAGAAUCUGUAUCCUGAGCAUCGACGGCGGAGGGAUGAGGGGGAUUUUGGCGGGAAAAUCCCUCGCGUACCUGGAGCAGGCCCUGAAGCAGAAAUCCGGCGACCCGAAUGCCCGGAUCGCCGAUUACUUCGACGUCGCCGCCGGCUCCGGAAUCGGGUCGACAGUUGCCGCGAUGCUCUUCGCAACUCGGGACGGGAAUCGUCCGAUCUUCAAGGCGGAUGACACGUGGCGCUUCCUCGUCGACAACGCCAAGGGCUUCUACAGACCCGGCGGCGGAGGAGCCGCCGGAGUUCUGAAACGGGUCAUGAAGCCCGGCUCCGGUUGCUCCUCCUCCUCCGCCGCGACGGCCGCCGCCACCGUCCGCCUCGAGAAGAUCAUGAAAGAGGCAUUCGCUGACUUAACCUUGAAGGACACUCUCAAGCCACUGCUCAUCCCUUGCUACGACCUCAUCACAACGGCCCCGUUCCUGUUCUCGCGAGCCGACUCGCUCGAGAGCGAUAGCUACGAUUUCACGCUCCGAGAGAUUUGCCGAGCCACGUGGGCCGAGCCAGGGACGUUCGACCCGGUCCGUAUGAGCUCGGUGGAUGGGAAAACACGGUGCGUGGCGGUCGAGGGUGGGCUCGCGAUGAGCAACCCGACCGCGGCGGCCAUCACCCACGUCGUGCACAACAAGUUGGAGUUUCCGUAUGCGAAGAAUGUGGAAGAUUUGUUGGUUCUGUCACUUGGGACAGGUCAGCUCUUCGAGGUGAACUAUGAUUACGAGCAAGUUAAGAACUGGAAGGCCAAGGAAUGGGUUCGACCCAUGGCCCGGAUCUCGGGUGAUGGCUCGGCUGAGUUCGUUGAUCAGGCCGUGGCUAUGGGCUUUGGACCGUUCCGAAGCAGCAACUAUGUGCGGAUUCAGCAGGCGAGCGGGUCACGGCUAGGGGCGUGUGGUCCGAACGUAGACACGGAUCCGAGCUCGGAGAACGUGAAAAUGCUGACGGAAAUAGCGGACGAGAUGCUGAAGCAGAAGAACGUGGAAUCCGUACUGUUCGGGAGCAAAAGGAUCGGGGAAAUGAGCAAUUCGGAGAAACUGGAAUGGUUUGCAGGGGAACUGGUGAGAGAGCAUCAGAGCAGGAGCUGCAGGGCUUCUCCGACCGUAACCCUAAGACAAUCCAUCCCGAGAACUACCCGUAACGCCGUCAAUGCGACUCUCUCCCUUAUCUCUAGAGAACGAUAGAUAGCAUUUUUUCGGCGAAUGUUCCGAGGGCUAGUGUUUACUUUUCGGGGAGUGAAGAUGUACGAAGUUUCGAGGGCUUUGAAGCGAAUGGAUAACCGCGCCUCCGGAUCUCGUUUUGAUAGUACAG